AUGGAGUGUGGAAGAAAGACAAUGACGAGAUCCUGUCAUCUAACCCACGACCUGCUCCUCCCCCACAUCGACCAAUCCACCCACCGCCGCGACCGACCUCCAUCCCACGCCGUGGCCGACCUACCUCCGGCCGCCGUGGCUAGCCGCCCUCCCCCGCCGCGGCCUACAGCCCUCCCUCACCGCGCCCAGCCUCCUCCCGCCGACGCGGUGAACCUUCCUCCCCCGCUAUGGCCAACCACCGUACCGCCGCCGUGCCAAGCCUCCUCCCGCUGCCACAGCCGGCCUCCAUCCCACGCCGGGGCCGACCUACCUCCGGCCGCCGCGGCCAGACUCCCUUCCCCGCCGCGGCCAGUCUCCUCCCGCGGAUGCGACCAGCCUCCCUCCCCCGCUACGGCCAACCUCCGUCCCGCCGCCACGCCAAGCCUCCUCCCACCACCGCGCCCAACCUUCCUCCCUCCGCUGCUGGUUCACAUGGGCUCCACCUCCCGCCGCCUCGGUACCAAUCGCCUCCGACCUUCGUUAUCGUCGUCGUGGAAGACGACCACCAACCACAGGCCGCACCUCCUGGACAGGGUCCCCUCGCCCACGGCCGGCUCAAUAUCCGGUGAGGCGCUCCACCCUCCUUCUGUGCCUCCUUCACAUGAAGCUCCACGCCACCGCCGUGGUCCACCACAUACAACCGACGCUGCGGCAGCAACCCCCCACCACUGUGUUGCCGAUGUGUGCAACCACGUCCAGACGCCCGCUGGAUGUGGGCACAAAGGUAGGGCCACGCCGAGGGAGCUCGAGCUCCACCCCGCGCAGCCGCUUCCCCUGCAGGUUGUAGUAGAAAAACAAAAAGCAGAAGUUCAAUGAUGAAAUUUGAAGAAGGAAAUAUGCAACAAUCAAAGAAGUGCGGUCUCAUUACAGAGAAGGAGAACGCCUUGCAGUCCAGCCGAGUUGACUCCUGCCAUCGGCACUGCAUAAUUAUCACUAGAUGCCCAUGUCCACCGGCGCUGGAUAAUUAGCACUGAACGACUUGCAAUCCAGAAGAAAGUUGCGCCCAUAACCCGUGGAGUUCUAUCACGUUGUGUAGUUGGUCGUGAUGUCUCCUCGAGCUUCAAUUUUAUGACCCUGGUGCAUUUUCUUCAUUUUUGAUGUGCCAUUUGAUGCAUAAAUUAUCACUGGAUGCCCAUGGUGUGUGCACAGUAUGUGUUUUUGUUAGUUCCCCACAGGUUCCUUCAUGUACUAAAUGGUGAUGGGAUAGAGAGAUCCAUUAUUCAUUUGUAUAGAAGUUCAAAUUUAAAUAAACUAGAGGUUCAAUGUUUAUGAAAGCUACUUUAGUAAUUC